AAGUAUGCCCGAAGCAGCCGUUGAGCAAGCUCCUGGAGCUGAAAAUGCUCAAAACGGGCAGCAACAGCAGACGGGGUGGGCGAUGUUCAAAAGUUUUGCUAUCAGGAUGAUGAUUAUGUAUUUUGUUAUGAGCUUUUUUCGAGGUGGUACAAAUAACUCUAACCAACAGGAGGCGGCAACUACCGGUCCUGAUGGCAAAGCUGUCACGUUUUCGAGCAGACCAGGAAGUAAUUUAUUUCGUAAAGGGGUCUGGAUGAACCUAGCUGUUUACAUCAAUGAUCUGGAAACUCUACCAUCUGAUUUUGAAGCUUCUGAGCCAGACUGGAUGUUGGAGGAUUUAGAGUAUGGAGACUGGUAUGGCGGCGUAAAUAAAGAUUCAACAUAUUCAACAGAAGUGACAUUUCCUGUGCCAUCAUCUGUUCAAAAUAAUGGGACUAUUUACAUGCAUAUCUUCUUGACGAAAGAUGGUUCUAGUCACAAUCCAAAGUCAGCAGACUAUAAGAAAGACAACGUGAUUUACAGAUCGAAAGCUAUAACCAAAUACAAGAAACGCGAGUUCAAGAAAACAAAAAACCUUUUGACCGGCGAUACGGAAGUUCCAGUCGAACAUCAGCUUGGGGAAAACGAAACUCACAGAGUUGAAAUACUUUCUCAUUUUCAUCCCAAUUUCACGAUAAAUGUCAUCGACGACCACACUCCGUGGAAGCAAGGUCAAGUUCCAGCUCCGCUUGAUAAAUUCAUCUUGUUUGACGAAUUCGGAGAUUAUUACCCUAUUGUUUUCUUUAAUGACUACUGGAACCUGAAUUCUGACUUCAUGCCUCUGAACGAGACCGUGACUGAAAUCAAGUUCAAAAUGUCAUUCGCUCCUCUGUCUCUGUUCAAAUGGCAGAUGUAUGCUGCACAGUCAAUGAGAAAUCAUUGGUCGAUGUAUCUAAUGGAAGACCAAAAUAAUGACGCUGAUCAAGAUACAUUUAAGCGGGCUCUUCUAGACACGAAUCCUUACUUGCUAGGACUGACUAUAAUUGUGUCAAUUGUGCACAGUGUGUUUGAGUUUUUGGCGUUCAAGAAUGACAUCCAGUUCUGGCGGACCAGAGAGUCACUGGAAGGUCUAUCUGUCCGAUCUGUAUUCUUCAACGUUUUCCAGUCGCUGAUAGUUGUUCUGUAUGUACUGGAUAAUGAGACAAACACAGUGGUUCAAAUCAGUUGUGGAAUCGGUCUGCUUAUUGAGAUGUGGAAAAUCACUAAAGUUGUGCACGUGACUUUUUCUACAGAGGCAAUGACCUGGGGUUUCAUUCCUCUCAAGUUUGAGGAGAAGUCUUCGUACACAGAAUCGCCUACUAAGAAGUACGACAGACUGGCUUUCAAGUACCUCGGAAUGGCCUUCGUUCCCCUGCUCCUUGGUUAUUCCAUCUACUCUCUGAUCUACAACGAGCACAAAGGGUGGUACUCUUACGUGCUGGGCAUGAUGUACGGGUUCCUCCUCACCUUCGGCUUCAUCAUGAUGACUCCUCAGUUGUUCAUCAACUACAAAAUGAAGUCGGUCGCCCACCUGCCCUGGAGAAUGCUGACGUACAAGGCGCUGAACACAUUCAUCGAUGACAUCUUUGCGUUCGUGAUCCAAAUGCCGACCUUGUACCGAAUCGGAUGCCUUCGCGAUGACGUCAUCUUCUUCAUUUUUCUCUACCAGAAAUACAUCUACCCCGUGGACAAGACCAGAACCAAUGAGUUCGGAGUGACUGGAGAGCAGCUGGAACAAGCAGGUGGAACUACUAAACCUGCGAUUGAGCAGCCAGCUGAAUCAGGUGGAUCGAAGAAAAAGAAACCGGGAAAGCCGAAAACGGGAGCUGCUGCUAAUGACGAGAAAUCGGAGAGGGCAGAGGACGUCGAAGAUACUGAGCCCAAGAAAGAUAAAUGAGAAUGAGCAUUGCUGACGUAUUCCAAUCUGUUAUUUAAGUAAAUUUGUUUCGUUUUGUGUUCAACCAGGAUAUUUGUGGUUAUUUCAAACAGGGUUGCUUGUUUGAAACAAAGAGGGGGUCUUGUUUACUUAUUCCGCUCAAAGUCGCAAAUCUCUAAUAUAAAAACAAAUGAAAAUGCUCCACUCUGAUUGGUUAUUAUUUAACACUUCUACAAAAUACAGUUUGAACAGCACAUUAAAUUUGGUAGUGGCUUUUGAAAAGUUUGGGCGAAAUAAGUAAUUAAAAGACUCCAAAGGAGUUCUUUUUUGACUUGCUUUUUUG